AACGAGGUUCGCAGUCCGAGCACGCGACCUUCGCGGGUGAGAACCAGCGGCGCAGGUGGCCGGGCCGCGCCGCCCUCCGCACCGUGGGCCGCGGCCGCAGCGACCAGCGAGAGGACGGCCCAGCCCAGCAGGGUAGCUGCCGUCCUCGCAGGCCGCAUGACAAGCCGGCGCCACGCAGGCGCGGGAGAGGAAGCCGUACAACGUCGUCUAUCGAAGGAGGAAGCGGUAGCAGCAGCCAUGUCGUCGGCGACGUCGAGCGAGACGUACCUGCACUCGCACAGCAUCACGCACACGUGGACGGUGCACAACUGCGGCAAACUGCGGCUGCGCAACAAGGUCUCCCUCUGCAGCUCGCCCUUCCCGGCCCAGUGGGACGAGCCACGCUUCCAGAUAUGGCUCACCACGGACGUCGACUACUACGGCUACGAGACGGCGUCGUGCUUCGUCGAGACCAAGAGCACACUGCAGGGCUCGUACUCGCUGGCACUGAGAGACCCCACGGGGCGGGACAUCGCGCAAGUCACCUGCAACACCAAGACGGCAGCGCGCAUCACUUGCGAGAAGAAGUGCCUGGUGGGCUUAAACGGGAGCUCGGCCAGCAGCGCCUCGGUGGCGUCCGCUGCCUGCGCCGGUGACGACAGCGACCGCUAUGCGCUCGUCGUCCUCUUCAGGUUCGAGUACAUGACGGAUCGCAGCGGUGGCCAGGACGAGUGCCCGGGCAGUCCUCUGCUGGGCCAGCUUCCCGGUCUUCUGGAGAGCUCCUCUUUCGGCGACGUCGAGAUACAGGUCGGGCAGAGGAAACUGCGCGCCCACGCAGACCUGCUGGGACGGCUGUCGCCCGUGUUCGCCGCCAUGCUCACCGGCAACACCAGCGAGGCCGUCAACCGCGUCGUGGUCAUCGAGGACCUCUCCUACGAGGCCGUCCGGCAGCUGCUAGAGUUCCUCUACGCCGGCACACUCAGUGGACUCAGCCAGGGCGCGGUGGAUCUGUACGUGGCGGCGGACAAGUACGGCGUGGCGUCGGUUAAGGCCGCGUGCGCGCGCCAGCUGUCCAACGCCCUAGCGCCGGACAACGCGGUGCGCGUCUUCGAGCUGGCCGUGAGGCACAGCGACAAGGAGCUGUGCCGGGACGCGGCGCGCUUCAUCGAUGCCCACCUGCCCGAGGUGCAGGCGUCCGACGCCUGGGAACAGCUGCUGCGCGACGACCUGAUGGCGCUGGCCCUCUUCAAGUCCGCCUCCCGAUACCAGCCCAAGGGACAGGGCGUCUCUUCCGCCUCAAGCUCAUCCACGGCCGUCUGACGCCACCGCUAUGGCUGCUGCUGCCGCCGGAGCUAUCUGGAAACGGAAUAAAAGCUUCCUUUCUUCAUCUCUUGGUUAAAAAGAAAUUAAUCAAA